AUGAAUCCUCAAAAAAAAGAAUUAUGGGUCCUUGACAGACUAAAAUCAUGCAAAACAAUAAUCCAACUCAAACAAAUCCAUGCACUCCUCAUCAAAACCAGCCCUCUCCGUCUCCGAGCCCCACAGCUCAUAUAUCCCAAGCUCAUCUCUCUAUGCACUACUUCCUCUUCUUCCUUUGGUGCAAACCUCACCUAUUUUCGCUCUAUUCUAACAAACUUGGAGAACCCACAUGUCAUCCUCUACAACAACGCUAUAAAAGCGCUUUCAAGUGCCCAGAACAGCUCUUUUUCACUUGAAGCCGUGGCAUUAUUUCGUGAAAUGCUCAUCAAAGGCCUCGUUCCUGAUAAUUAUACCGUUCCAUAUGCUCUUAAGGCAUGUGCGCAGUCUCAGGCGCUACGAGAAGGCGAGCAAAUUCACGCGCAUUGCAUCAAGACAGGGAUGCUCUUAUCCAUUGUGUAUGUAAAGAAUACAUUGAUGACAUUGUAUGCUGUUUGUGGGGUUAUUAAAGCUGUUCAGAAGCUGUUUCAUGGAAGUCCUCAAAGGGACUUGAUUUCGUGGACCACGCUUUUUCAGGGAUAUGUAAAAAUGGGGUUCUUGAAGGAAGGCGUGGCAGCGUUUUUUGAGAUGUGUGACUCAAAUUUAAGAGCAGACGAGAUGACAUUGGUCAUCGUGCUUUCUGCGUGUUCUAAAUUGGGUGAUUUGGAAUUGGGGCGAAAGAUACAUGAUUAUAUGCGUGAUAAUGAGGUGAAUUCGGAUGUUUUUGUUGGGAAUGCAUUGGUUAAUAUGUAUUUGAACUUUGGAGAUGCUGACUUUGCUUGUAAGUUGUUUGAUGAGAUGCCUUUUAGGAAUGUGGUUGCUUGUUUUUACGGAUGGCCAGAAGAACAAAGAAAGCACGAGUUAUGGCAGCUACUCAAGCAUCUUCACACUAGGAUCUCAACCCCUUGGCUCUGUGUUGGAGAUUAUAAUGAGAUCUUGUCAUCUAAUGAGAAGCAAGGUGGUGUACCAAAACCAUUGAACCACAUGGAAGCUUUCCGAGCUACCCUCCUACAUUAUGGACUUGAGGACCUUGGUUUUCAAGGAAACAUCUUCACUUGGAACAAUGGUAGACAUGGGAAUGCAUUUGUACAGGAACGACUUGACAGAGCAUGUGCAACGGCAGAAUGGAAGGAAAUCUAUCCGGAGACACGGGUCUUUCAUCUCCAAACCUCAUACUCGGACCAUAUUCCGAUAGUCAUUACCACACAGAACCAAACCCAGUGGACUAGAAAAAGGAAAGUGCCACGAAGGUUUGAAGAAAAAUGGGCUUCCAAUCCUCAAUGCGAGACCAUGACACAAGAAACAUGGAGGGUAGCCGAGAGAAAUGGUAGCCCUAUGUCAAAGCUAUUUGAAAAAAUCAAAAGAUGCAGAUUUGCCUUGGUGGACUAG